GUUCCUCUUACUAUGACAACGUCCGGCCCCUGGCCUACCCAGACUCGGAUGCUGUGCUCAUCUGCUUCGACAUCAGCCGUCCAGAGACGCUGGACAACGUCCUCAAGAAGUGGCAGGGGGAAACGCAGGAGUUCUGCCCCAACGCCAAGGUGGUGCUGGUUGGCUGCAAACUGGACAUGCGGACCGACCUGGCCACCCUGCGGGAGCUGUCCAAGCAGAGGCUCAUCCCUGUCACUCACGAGCAGGGCACCGUGCUGGCCAAGCAGGUGGGGGCCGUGUCCUACGUGGAGUGCUCCUCCCGGUCCUCAGAGCGCAGUGUCAGGGAUGUCUUCCACGUGGCCACCGUGGCGUCCCUCGGCCAUGGCCACGGCCACGGCCACCGGCAGCUGCGUCGAACUGACUCGCGCCGAGGGCUGCAGCGAUCCACACCACUGUCGGGCCGGCUGGAGCGGGGGGGCGAGGCUGAGAUGCACAAGGACCGGGCCAAGAGCUGCAGCCUCAUGUGAGGGCCAGGGGGGAGGACGGGAGGGCACUGCGGCUCCCACGGGCCCGUGCCGUGGUUCCCGACCUGUGACCCAGGCCGGCCAGCAGGUUCCCUGGCGGGAGACCGAGGCAGAGAGUGUCACCAGUGCCAGUUCUCCUGCCCUCUCCCUGCCGGGACUUGAGGGAGCUCAGGGUAGGUGGCGGCGGGCGGCUAGAGCCGGGGUGGAAGCAGUGUCACCCUGAGCUUGCUGUUUCCUCCAUGUGGCCACCUCCCUCCCCGUCCUGGGCCCACAGCCUGGCCCUGCCUCUGUCCCCAUGGCAAGCUGUGCUCUCCUCUCCUCUCACUCUCGCUGUCCACACUCCUGACCUCCAGGCUCCGGAGGCGCACCAGGACUCCAGGCUGGGGAAGCCCUGGCUGGCUGCACACCCACUGCCCUCCCCCUCCCUGCCGGACAGUCCCCAAAUAAAGGCCACGUCCAUGGAAAACG